AUGGGGGUACCAGAGUGUGAGGAAAUGGGUUUUGAGGGAAACAUAAGUGAUGCAGGUCCUGAAGGGGAUGAUUCAGAUGGUUUCACUAGUGCACAUGAGUCUGACAGUGAGGGGAAUAAUGUUGGUCAUUUUAGGGUCAAAGGUAAACGGAGGUUCAAUGACUGGGUGGAGUUUAAUGAGAAGGCUGAUAUGAAGACUCCAAGGUUCUGUCUAGGAAUGGUGUUCCCCAAUUCAACAAUGUUUAAGCAUGCAGUGCUAACUAAGAAGGAGCUCAGGUUUCCUAGGAAUACCAAACACCAAGUCUUGGUCAGAUGCAAAACUUCUCCAGAUUGUCCAUUUUGGAUGUAUGCUAGCAGUCCUGAUAUGCAUAAUCCCACUCUCCAGAUAAGGACAUAUAGGCCCAACCAUACUUGCAGUUCAAUUGGCAAAAAAGUAUAUCAUUGCCAUGCUCCAUUCUUAUCUGAAGAGUACAAGGAUGUGUUCCUUGCUGAUGGUAAAUGGACUAGGGAGGGGAUUCAAAGUGCAGUAAUCAGGGAUUUGGGGAUGGAGAUUGGCCAUCAACUUGCAUAUAAAGCUAAGGCAAGGGCAGCAAGGUUGGCACAGGGGACCCUUGAGUCCCAGUACAACCUUCUUGAGUCUUAUGCUCAUGAACUGAAAAAAGAAACCCUGACAGCAGUGUUUGGAUUCAAACAGAACCUGAAGGAGAUGUGGCAAGAUUCAAGAGAAUGUUUUCACAAGGGUCAGUUGUUGUCAGCUGUAGGAAUAGAUGGCAACAAUGGCAUGUACCCCAUUGCAUGGGCCAUUGUUGAGCAAGAAUGUAGAGAUAGUUGGACCUGGUUCUUGACAUUCCUUAAAGAAGACUUACAGAUUCAUCACUGA